AUAUAGGCGAGCAAGAACAGAGGAAGGCGUGAUGCGAGCCCCUCCUCCUCCUCCUCCUCCUCUUCCUCACUCUCUCUCUCUCUCUCUUUCCUCUCCAGUGCAUCAGUCAGUGGGCUGCACGCCGCAUUGACGCUGCUCCAUCCCUGCACUCAACUCCAAACAGUGGAUGUUGCUGAGACCGUGUCCCUCGUUCUUUUGUUUCUACAAGGAUAUGCAACACACGCUGUCAGUUCUCUGUGAUGCAGAAGAACCACACGAGACAUUUGGAUGGAACUCCCAAGUUUGCACCUGGUGAAUGCUGCUUUUGAAGGAGCGAGGCUUCUGCCUUCUGUCUCCAACAUGGGUGUUGACUGAACGGGGGCGGAGGGGUGGGGGGGGAGCCGCAGAGGACAAGAAGGUGCGCUUUUUUUUUUUUUUUUUUGGGAUCUAGAACUCCGACAACGAUGCAGAUACUCUCAUUUGUGGUGUUACUAGCCCACGCGCACGUGUGUUUGUCUGUGAGGAGCAAUGCAUGGAUUAGAGAGGAGUCCUUCAAGACUUCCAGUGGAAAGGAGAGCCACCAAAACAAAGCCACAGGUGAGUCCCCUCUGGAGCUGCAGGCAGUCAUCCGAGGGACCUUUAACUCCAGGCGGUUUCCACACUCCAAUAGGACAGUGACACCCGUGGAGGAUCCCUCCCGUUGGGAUCCGACGCGCCUCCACCAUAAUAAUAAGAGGACAAAGUUGAGUAGUGCAGGUGGACACCACAAUGCGCCUAAGCCCUCCUCAAUGGGCGGAGGAGGGGGCCCGGCGGAGGGAGACCGUCGCAGAAGAGGCACAAAAGAGGAGAAAGCAUGGAAAAGGGGGAGAACCCGCAUGAACAAAAGCCCGGAGCCUCAUUCGUCACCAUGGGAACCCAUCCCUAAACCCGUGGCACUAACAUCCACAGACACGCCCUUUGACCUCCUCACCAGGAGACCCGAGUUCUUCACCUUCCGUGAGGAGAACCCGUGGGACGCUACGCCGAUUACUCCGCCCGGUUGGCAGGACUUCGGAGGGGACGAGAUCAAAAACCCCUUCUACCCGGUGACCGGCGAAACGUACGGCGCCUACGCCAUCACCUGCGUUUCGGGGUUUAUCUUCCUAGUCGGGCUGGCGGGGAACAUCGCCAUCCUGUGCAUCGUGUGCCAGAACUACUACAUGAAAAGCAUCUCCAACUCUCUUCUGGCUAACUUAGCCGUGUGGGACUUUGCGCUCAUCUUGUUCUGCCUGCCCAUGGUGGUCUUCCAUGAGCUGACCAAGUCCUGGCUGCUGGGGGAGUUCACCUGCAGGGUGGUGCCCUACAUGGAGGUGGCGUCCCUGGGCGUGACUACCUUCACUCUGUGCGCCCUCUGCAUCGACCGAUUCCGCGCCGCCACCAAUGUGCAAAUGUACUACGAGAUGAUCGAGAACUGCACUUCCACCACCGCCAAGCUCGCCGUUAUCUGGAUCGGAGCGCUCCUGCUGGCGCUACCCGAGCUUCUCAUUCGCCAACUGGUGGUGGAAGACGCCGAGAUCCCAGAUGAGCCUCCGGUGGAACGCUGCAUCAUCCGGAUAUCCACAUCCCUCCCGGAUAUGCUCUACGUUUUAGGUUUGACCUACGAAGGCGCCAGGCUGUGGUGGUGCUUCGGUUGCUACUUCUGCCUACCAACGCUCUUCACCAUCGGGUGCUCUCUGGUGACGGCGAGGAAGAUCCGUCACGCCGAGCAGGCCAGCGUACGCAGCAACAAGAAACAGAUCCGCUUGGAAAGCCAGAUGAACUGCACGGUGGUAGCGUUGGCGAUCGUUUACGGCGCUUGCGUGGUGCCCGAGAACAUCUGCAACAUCGUGUCCGUGUACAUGGCGGCCGGUGUUCCCGAGCACACAAUGUCCGUGUUGCAUCUUCUCUCCCAGCUGCUGCUUUUCUGUCGCGCCGCCGUCACGCCCGUGUUGCUCCUUCUCUUGUGUCGCCCGCUAGGCAGAGCGUUCCUGGACUGCUGCUGUUGCUGUUGCUGCAGCCGUACGCCGUCCUCCACUACGGCUAGUGACGAUAACGAACACGAAUGCACCACCGAGUUGGAGUUGUCGCCGUUCAGCACGAUACGCCGAGAGCUCAGCAACUACACACCGGCCGGGUCCAACUGCUAAGCUAAUGGGGGGGGUUGCGUUACCUGGUCCGGGCACAUAUCCAAAUAGGCGCAUGAAGGACAGUCUCCAUGCCCGGCAUUCACUUCCGAAAAACAGAACCUACUACAUCCAAAAACAAGGGUGCUUAAGGAUCUUAAGCCGACACAUGACUGACGUGCCCUGAUGUUUUUAAGGAUCUACUGCAAAAAAAACGCCGGUCCAAGAUCUUCUGAAACAGGACCACUGCUGUUUUUAAGGAUGGACCAAUCAAAGAUUGUCUACGUUAAAGAAGCAGCCUGCUACUAACUCAUUCAUUCAUUCAUUUUCUACCACUUUUUCCUCACAAGGGUGCUGGAGCCUAUCCCAGCUGUCUUCAGGCGAGAGGCCGGGGUAUACCCUGGACUGGUGGCCAUGCCAGCCAAUCACAGGGCACAUAUAGACAAACAACCAUUCACACUCACAUUUAUAACUAUGGACAAUUUGGAGUCGCUAAUUAACCUAGCAUGUUUUUGGAAUGUGGGAGAGGAAACCGGAGUACCCGGAAGAAAACCCACGCAUGCACGGGGGGAGAACAUGCAAACUCCACACAGAAUUAGCCGAGGGUGGAAUUGAACCCUGGUCUCCUAGCUGUGAGGUCUGCGCGCUAACCACUCGACCGCCGUGCCACCCCGCCUGCUAACUAACUAUUUUGUUUACAGUUCUGCCUUGGCUGAGGUUUUAACACUAACAAAGAACCACUACAAAAAAAAAAAAAACAACCAUCAAUGAAUGCCCUGCGGUGCUCUUAAAAAAGGCAGGUCAACUCACAUUUCAUCAUGCAUGAUGUCCGCCAUCUGGAACGCUAAUCCUAUACAGGUCAGAUGCAUCCGACGUGGAUUCCAUUGGUAAAAUUAGCAUCAAAUCUAAUACAGUGGAACCUUGGUUGGAGUCAUUAAUGUCUUCCAGAAGGUCGGACACGAUCUGAAUCAAUUUGUCCAAAUUUAUCUGUUCUAGAAUGCCAAAAAUAUUAACAGAAAACACGUUCAUAUAGUUUUAUAAUGAUAGUUCUACAUCCAGUAAAUGCAUAUAAAUGAGGAACGAAAGGGAUAAAUGAACAUUUGAGCUUACAUACUUCAAUUGAAGAUGUGAUUUUUGAAGUGACUGUUCCAAAGCACAAUAUGGCAGCAAGACACCACACGGACACCACCUUCCUGUUUUGUCAUGAGUUAUUCCUUGAGUUCAAUAGUGUUUCUCACCUCAUAUAUAUAUAUAUUUUUUAAAUUUUAAAUUUUAAAUUUUAAAUUUUAAAUUUUAAAUUUUAAAUUUUAAAUUUUAAAUUUUAAAUUUUAAAUUUUAAAUUUUAAAUUUUAAAUUUUAAAUUUUAAAUUUUAAAUUUUAAAUUUUAAAUUUUAAAUUUUAAAUUUUAUUCAUUUUCUACAGCUAACCUCACGAGGGUCGCGGGAGCCUAUCCCAGCUGUCUUCGGGUGAGAGGCGGAGUACACCCUGGACUCCUCAAUGACUGGCCAAUCACAGGGCACAUAUAGACAAACAACCAUUCACACUCACAUUCAUACCUAUGGACAAUUUGGAGUCGCUAAUUAACCUAGCAUGUUUUUGCAAUGUGGGAGGAAACCGGAGUACCCGGAGAAAACCCACGCAUGCACGGGGAGAACAUGCACACUCCACACUGAGAUGGCCGAGAAUUAAUUUUGAUUAAAAUUUAAAAUUAAAAAUUUAAAUUUUUAAUUUUUAAUUUUUAAUUUUUAAUUUUUAAUUUUUGAUUUUUGAUUUUUGAUUUUUGAUUUUUGAUUUUUGAUUUUUGAUUUUUGAUUUUUGAUUUUAAAUUUUAAAUUUUAAAUUUUAAAUUUUAAAUUUUAAAUUUUAAAUUUUUUAUUAUUUUGUGUCCCGUCCAGGCAUUGGGGCAGAUAGUAUUGUUGAUCUAAAUGCCCUUUCAUUCAUGCUAAACAGAUCAGGAAAGGUCAGGAAAACUUCCCUGUACUAUGAAAUUUUAUUUGCCGUUAUUUGAUGUUUUUGUUAUGCAAAUUUGGAGCGGCCGGACCUGAGCAAGAAGAAACACAAGAGACAAAAACAGCAGCAACAACAAUUCCCAUGACAGCAUUCUGAUAAAGACGGUGAAAAACUCUUAUCAAAUUGGAUUGAAUUGAAUAAAUAAUUCAUGGUAGCGUUCAUGUUGUGUCUCGCUGCCACAUUGGCGUCUUUGGGAAUGGUCCACAUCCAUAGUUUGAUGCAUGUGAACCUAUAAAAACGUGCUUUGGGUUUUUUUGAGUGUCAGGGGUUUUGCUUGCCAACAUUAACCGUUGUUACACUGCCUACUCGAAACAGGACUCUGUUUACACAUCUCCUGUAAAUGUACUCUUCAUAAAUCGGCACGCACAUUUUUAACCACAUUCUCAUCAAAAUUUCAGAUGAUUUUUUUACACAGCUCAUGAUCAGACUGGUUGCACGUGUGCAUCUGCACUGUACAUAUAAAACACAUUCACGUGCACUGUACUGUAUGGAUGUGUUGGACAUCACUGGGCUGGUCUCAUGUGGAAUUAAAAGCUUGACACCCAACUAAUGGACUAUGAAAUAAAGUAGUCAACACUGUUGUAUCAUAUUACGCCUUGCACUGUAUAUACAGUAUAAAUAUAUAUAUAAAUGGUACACUCUCUCUGGUGCUCUUAUGACGAAUGCGCUGUCCACAACAACAAAUCAAUCAGAUCCAUUUAGGUUGGCCAGCAAUUGAGCUGCACAUUUCAUUUCUGCUCGAGAAGACAAAUGGUGGUUAUUUGUGACAGUCCAGACUCUACAUGUAAAAAUCCAGCCAAUCCAGCGCUACCAACAAAGCAUGUAUGUACAACAACGCCAAAGUGACAUGUAUUGUACUGUAAAUCUGUUUUUCUUACUUUGUCGAAGGGCAAGAGAAAUGUGUCGCUCGUUACAAUCAAGCCAACUGAGAACUGGGGAAAUAGCCACGAAAAAGGAAAAAAGUGGUUAAUGUUCAAAUAAUAUCAACUGGUGUCCCCGUGAAGUGAGACGGUUAGCAACCACUCAGAGGUUUUUUGUGCUAAAUACAAGAAAAAAUUAAUUUUCACAGAUCAAUUAGAAGGAGAAAUGGCGCCGUCCCUCAUUUACUGCGGUACAACCCGACCGUGAUAAGUGAAUUAUUCCAAAGUCGGAUAUAUAAUGUUGUAUCUUCACAGUCACUGUUUACGACCACUCAAUACAUUUUUUAAUAUGAUUAGAGCCCUCCAGACAUUAAACAACACCCCUAUAGUCACCUUUACACUCGCACUAACCAAUAUAGUUGACUUCAUAACAGACAAUUAAACAUCCAUCCAUCCGUUUUUUGUAUGCCACUUAUCCUCAUGAGGGUCGUGGGGGUACGCUGGAGCCUAUCCCAGCUGACAAUCACCACUCACAUUCAUUCAUUUUCACUCAUCAUCAAAUGUUCCGUUACAGUGACUAUCCUAUAGAUCAGGGUCGGGCAAAUUUUUGUUUAAUUUUAAUUUUAAUUUUAAUUUUAAUUUUAAUUUUAAUUUUAAUUUUAAUUUUAAUUUUAAUUUUAAUUUUAAUUUUAAUUUUAAUUUUAAAAUUUUCACUCAUCAUCAAAUGUUCCGUCACAAUGAUGAUCCCAUAGAUCAGGGUCAGGCAAACUUUUGUUUUUAAUUUUAAUUUUAAUUUUAAUUUUAAUUUUAAUUUUAAUUUUAAUUUUAAUUUUAAUUUUAAUUUUAAUUUUAAUUUUAAUUUUAAUUUUAAUUUUAAUUUUAAUUUUAAUUUUAAUUUUAAUUUUAAUUUUAAUUUUAAUUUUAAUUUUAAUUUUAGGGUUGGGCAAACCUUUUGACUCACAAAAACUUUUUGAUUCAGUUAACAAAAUUGUCCAGGGCCCGGUUAUAUAUUUGAUACAAUGCUAACUGUUUUACGUUUGUAAUUCUAACAGUCCACCAGGAAUAAUUUAGCCGUAAAUGUAUCAUACAUUCUGUCCCCUUUAAACAUCAGAUCCCAUUAAAUAACAAAAUAAUAUUACAAUUAAAAAAAUGAACGAGUAUGUGUGAGUAUGUGCUUGUAUGUUAAAGGUUUAAAUACUUUGGAAUCUACUGGCGGGCCGGAUUCAAAUGCUUAGCGGACCGCAUGUGGCCCCUGUGCCGUAGUUUGCCCACCACCAUAAUAGAUUUUUAAGGACAAAAAGGUGAAACAAAUCCAAAAUGUUCCUGUACAGGAUUUUAACCUAUCAAACGACAUUGUUGUUUGCGCUUUUGCAGGAAUUGCAUCCCUGAUGUCAGAGCAAGAGUCGUAUUGAUUACGACAAGAGAAGCAGCGAUCAAAGGUCACGUUUCUUUUCUCCAUUCUGAUUAGCAAUCGCUUCACGGGGACGACGCUGUUGACUGACCAAAAUCAAUUAGGCCUUAUGCUCGUCACGAACCAUAUGCAGGUGCAAUGUUUGGAACUAUUCCGUGUCUCACAAUCAAGUUCUUUAUUUUGCAUAUGAUAUCUGCACUGCCAAACACCUUCUGUGUGUGUAUGUGUGUGUAUGUGUGUGUGUGUGUGUCUUGUGGUAGCAAAACACACAACUAGUGCUUGUCAGGUCAGUUUGUCUCUUUCAGUCCACAAUCCCGCCUGUUGGAGAACCAUUAGCUACUAUGGUGCUAGUGCAAAACCUGAGCACAACCCGUAAUCCAAUUAAAAGUCUCGAUUUUGCGACUGAAAAGUCAAACUGACCUCCCUAAUUUCUCCCGAAAAGCAACUUUUAGGAUGGAGUACAGUGGUUUGUAUAAGUGGCUUGGUGUGUAGUUCAAUGCCGUUUGUUAAUGAAGUGGUUCUUGUGUAACAUUCAACUGUGAUUGGUGGGCUGCAAAUGUAAUAAGCACAUAGCACUGUUUUAUGUUUUAAACUUGCUGACUGGUUUCUAAAUAUAGCUUUUUAUAUAGCCAAAAAAAAAACUGUCCCUUUGUCUAUGAAAGAAUCUUUAAAAGUGUCCAUUAAAAGCC